GCGCCCUCUGGUGGCGGCGGGCUCAACCCCACCAGGCGGUUCUUGGAAGAGCCCGAGGGGGCGGUGGGCGGCAGUAACCCUCUCAGCUGCUUCCCUCGAGCCCGCUCCGGGGCUGGCAGUGGAUGGGCGGCCGCGGGCCGCGGGGCAACAGGCGGGGAGCGGGUGCGAGCCGGGACCGGGCGGGGCGGGCGCGCAAAGGGGCCGCGGGGCGGCCGGGCGGGGCGCGGGCCGGCGGUUUGGGAGGGCGCCCCGCGUCCGAGAGGUGAGCCGGGCCCUGACGCUGCGCGGGUUCCGCGUCGCUGCUGCCGCGCCAUGGCGGAGACCAAGAUCAUCUACCACAUGGACGAGGAAGAGACGCCGUACCUGGUCAAGCUGCCCGUAGCUCCCGAGCGCGUCACACUGGCUGACUUCAAGAACGUGCUCAGCAACCGGCCGGUGCACGCCUACAAAUUCUUCUUCAAGUCUAUGGACCAGGACUUCGGAGUGGUGAAGGAGGAGAUCUUCGAUGACAAUGCCAAGUUACCCUGCUUCAACGGCCGGGUGGUUUCCUGGCUGGUCCUGGCUGAGGGCGCUCACUCGGAUGCAGGGUCCCAGGGCACUGACAGCCACACGGACCUGCCCCCACCCCUUGAGAGGACAGGCGGCAUUGGGGACUCCAGGCCCCCCUCCUUCCAUCCAAAUGUUGCCAGUAGCCGUGAUGGAAUGGACAAUGAGACAGGCACAGAGUCCAUGGUCAGUCACCGGCGGGACCGAGCCCGACGUCGAAACCGCGAUGAGGCUUCCCGGACCAAUGGACACCCGAGGGGAGACCGGCGGCGGGAUCUGGGACUGCCUCCAGACAGUGCAUCCACUGUACUGAGCAGUGAGCUUGAAUCUAGCAGCUUUAUUGACUCAGAUGAGGAGGACAACACAAGCCGGCUGAGCAGCUCUACAGAGCAGAGCACCUCCUCCCGGCUAAUUCGAAAGCACAAAUGUCGGCGGCGGAAGCAGCGCUUGAGGCAGACAGACCGGGCAUCCUCCUUCAGCAGCAUCACCGACUCCACCAUGUCCCUGAACAUCAUCACCGUCACUCUCAACAUGGAGAGGCACCACUUCCUGGGCAUCAGCAUCGUGGGCCAGAGCAACGACCGGGGUGAUGGCGGCAUCUACAUUGGAUCCAUCAUGAAGGGCGGGGCUGUGGCUGCUGAUGGCCGUAUCGAGCCAGGCGACAUGCUGCUACAGGUAAAUGAUGUCAACUUUGAGAACAUGAGCAACGAUGACGCUGUACGGGUGCUUCGGGAGAUCGUAUCCCAAACGGGGCCCAUCAGCCUCACAGUGGCCAAGUGUUGGGACCCAACCCCUCGGAGCUACUUCACCAUCCCAAGGGCUGACCCAGUGCGACCCAUCGACCCGGCUGCCUGGCUGUCCCACACAGCAGCGCUGACCGGUGCUUUGCCCCGCUAUGGUACGAGUCCCUGCUCCAGUGCCGUCACACGCACCAGCUCUUCCUCACUAACCAGCUCAGUGCCUGGCGCCCCACAGCUUGAGGAGGCAGCACUGACAGUGAACAGUGACAUGGGCGCCAUUGUGCGGGUCAUGCGGUCGCCAGACUCAGGACUGGAGAUUCGGGACCGCAUGUGGCUUAAGAUCACCAUUGCCAAUGCUGUCAUCGGGGCAGAUGUGGUGGACUGGCUGUACACCCACGUGGAGGGCUUCAAAGAGCGAAGGGAGGCGAGGAAGUAUGCCAGCAGUAUGCUGAAGCACGGCUUCCUGAGACACACAGUCAACAAGAUCACCUUCUCUGAGCAAUGCUACUAUGUCUUUGGGGACCUGUGCAGUAACCUGGCAUCCCUGAACCUCAACAGUGGCUCCAGCGGCGCCUCAGAUCAGGACACACUGGCCCCACUGCCCCACCCAUCUGUUCCCUGGCCUUUGGGUCAAGGCUACCCCUACCAGUACCCGGGGCCCCCGCCCUGCUUCCCACCUGCUUACCAGGACCCUGGCUUCAGCUAUGGCAGUGGCAGUGCGGGGAGUCAGCAGAGUGAAGGGAGCAAGAGCAGUGGGUCCACAAGGAGCAGCCAUCGGACCGCAGGCCGAGAGGAGCGCCGGGCAGCUGGAGCUGGGGGUAGUGGCAGCGAGUCAGAUCACACGGCACCAAGUGGGUCUGGUAGCACUGGCUGGUGGGAGCGUCCAGUCAGCCAGCUUAGCCGUGGCAGUAGCCCUCGGAGUCAGGCGUCAGCUGUUGCCCCAGGCCUCCCUCCACUGCACCCCCUAACAAAGGCCUAUGCAGUAGUGGGUGGGCCACCUGGAGGGCCCCCUGUCCGGGAGCUGGCUGCUGUGCCUCCGGAACUUACAGGUAGCCGCCAGUCCUUCCAAAAGGCCAUGGGAAACCCCUGUGAGUUCUUUGUGGACAUUAUGUGACUAUCAACCAGUGUUUUCAGUGCUGCUUGUGGCAAGAGUCUGUGGUCCUGCUGUGCUGGGACCUCUAAGGGCUUGCCUUAGUGGUGGCCAGCCAGGAUAGAUCAGCCUUGGGGUCCGGGUCAGGGCCGAGGGGGCAGGCUGCAGAGGAAGGGCUGAGGGCAGCUGCCAUACUUCUAGAAUAUGGGCUUGGCAUUCUGCCUGCUCUGUGGUGCAGCUCGAGUAUCUGUAGAUUCUUGUGAGGGGACAUCUCUGCCUUUAGGUCCUUAGCACAAGCCUCAGGGACCACCUUCUGGUUCCCUUUUUGGAAGUGACCUACAUUUAGGGCAAGAAAAGACUCUGUUGGGCUCUGUGCUCACUCUUCACACCCGCCCAAAACUCCCAGAACUGUGCACAGGGUCCCAGACUGACUCUCACUGCAUUCAUGGGCCUCAUCUGUCAGGCCAAGGUGGGCUUCUUGAGAGGUUAGACUGAGCCCUUAAACCUCUCUGGCUGCCCAUGUGGGGGUCUAACUUAUUUAUUUAUUGCUAGCCUGUCGGCUCUGAGGGUGGCAGCUGGUUACCCAAUGGGGGCAGGUGCAUGUCCCUUCCCCCACUUGGUAACUCAGCACAUGAUAGCACAGUUUGUCCUGUAUGUGGAGGAUGGCUAGUAUGGGAGACAAGAGAGGCCAGCGUCAGUGGAGGGGUGACAGUGCACACAACGCCACAGGUGGGGUUCUGUCCUGUCGUUGCUAUCCUGGUGGCUCUCCACAAGCCUGAGCGCUGCCAUUCUGGCAUGCAGCCCCACACAUCUGCACUGUAGAUACUCUGUCAAAGCCUGAGCAACUGGGUAGUUCACAUAGAGCUGCUUCUGUGUAAAUGCUGCUUCUGUGUAAAUGCUAUUUUAAACACUAAAAAGCGUUUAAUUUUAUGGGA